AACACAAGGAUUUAUAAGAUGAACCUGAAGAUUUAUCGAAGUAUUAUCUUGCUGAAAAUUCUAGGUGUUCAUGUUCUUAGUAUUUUAGGUCAGAACAAUCUUCACAGUCAUGGUACGAUCAGGCAUUCUCACACUGACACAACAUUUCACACGCAUCCUAAUAUGCCCCCUGGUACAGGUUCACGACCAGUACCGGGUAGACCCCAUCUUCAUCGACAUGGUACUAUAAUUCAUUCACAUCAUCCUGGGACUAUACAUAAUCACCAUAAUCUACCAGAAGGCUCCAAACCAGUUCCCAAUGAACCUCUUCUAGAAGCACCUGGUUCUGUAAAAGCAAUAGGUGCCGAUCCUCAUGGCCAUGGAUCUGUGACACAUUCACAUACAAGUCAAUCAUCACUACAUUCGCAUCCAGAUCCUUCUCAAGUUCCCGGUCCAGUUGUGGCAGGUCUCGAUCCUCAUGGUCAGGGUUCCGGAACACAUUCACAUACUGGUCAACCAUUACCACAUUCUCAUCCAGAUCCUUCUCAAGCUUCCGGUCCAGCUGCAGGAAGUCCAGAUGUUCACAGCCAUGGUUCUGUAACACAUUCCCACUCUAGCAUUUCAAGUCAUUCUCAUCAACCUCCUGGACCAGGUGCAAGCGACGUGAUGAGUCUAAAUACUGGUGGUGCCCAACAUGGAACUAAUCCCAAUCACCAUAGUCACGGUUCUCUAACCCAUUCCCAUUCUGGUACAUCUCUUCACCAUCAUCCAAAUCUUCCUUCCAAUUCAAAUCGUGUACCAGGAAGACGAGGUUUCCAUAGGCAAGUACCAAGUACUAUAUCACACACUGGAUCCCAACCUGGUCUUCCUCGUGGGCUAAUACCAGUACGCCAAAUAACGAACCAGAGACGUACUGGGGACCAUUUAACGCCAAACGGUUCCAGGAUACCACCCCGGACAGACAUAGGGGGUGCAACUAUUUCUUCAACACCAGACGCAAAUAGACCCAGGAACCGCUUGGCUUUUAAUAGGGACGCCGCACCACCACAAGUGAAUCGAUUCAGGGGUACGUUAACAUCAGACAGUGUUAGGAUGCCGCCCCAGACAAACAGAGGUGCUCCCGUUGCUCCACCGGCAUCUGCAACAAACAUAUUUAUGCAGCUUCCGCCUUAUCUUAGAAAUAUAUUUAAGAACCCACCAACGCCGAACAUAGUCAGGACCCCAUCUCAAGGAAACAGACUUAGAAGCCCUAUACCAGUGAAUGGCGCUCGAAUGCAGACAAAUAUGGCCAAUCAAGGCCGUCCAUCGCAAACAUUCCGAGACCCACAACCACCACCUUCACCACAAAGACGCCAACGGGUUCCAAACUAUUCUCUGGCUGGAGGUGCCAGCUGUAACAGUCAAUGUCAUAGCGGUAGGGCAGCCCGUUCUUGUUUUUGUGCAAGAUAUCUGUGCCUUUAUCAAGGAUGUUCAGCAAAUUGUACAUUAUUAAGGGAAGGUGAAUUUAUACGAGCAUCAUGUAAACAGUUUGUAGGUGGGCCGUAUCAUAUGCCCAAAACGACAUCUAAUGCUUUACCAAGAUGUGCUCAGACACUUGAUCCAGGAAGCUGUUCUUCUAGAAUUUAUGCUCGUUACGGCUAUGAUACUAAAAGGCAAGCCUGUGUGAGAUUUUUUUACAGUGGUUGUGGUGGAAACCAGAACAGAUUCACAACCAGAAACUCGUGUAAUGCCGCUUGUCCAUAAACCAAUUUUAACAGAGACCGUAAUAUUGGAAACUAAUGUAUUCCUUAACCUUCCUUGUAAAAUAUGAGACCGUAAUAUUGGAGACUAAUGUUUUCCUUAACCAUACUUGUAAAAUAGUUGCAUAAAGGAGGUAGCCUACCCGCUUUCGAUUAAAACCACAUGGAAUUUUGUUUGUUCUUUAUUCUUUUAAUUAGAUGCGACUUACUGUG